UAAUUCUCUUUUGCUUCAUUUUUACUUCGUACUAUUUCGAGUCAAAAGUGUUUUAUUUUUUUCAUCCGAGCAGUACAAAAUUGUAUAGUUUUAUAAUUAAUCAACGUAAUUGAUGACAUUUUAAGGGCUUCUGACAUAUCUCGAAAACCAUGGAGCUAUGUCGAGCUUGCGGUCAGACCGCCAGCCAGGAUGAAGACGAAUCGACUCAGGAUCUCAUCGGCGUCUACUAUCGGCUGACGGCCAUCCAGCCAGAACCGGAAGAGGAGAGUCCGGGUCAGAUACGAUUUUGCAACAAGUGCGCUGCCGAUUUGAAACACAUUGAAAAAUUCCGCAAGAAAUGCCUGGAGGUGUAUCAGCGACUGAAGGAUGUGAAAGUAGAAGCGUGGGAAAAUUCUAUGCUCGUCGAAGUGAAACUGGAAGCUGAAGAUGAGUUCACAAACGAAAACAGUACAGUUGAACCAAAAUCUACUGAUCAACCGGAAGACAAGAUUGACAUAAAGAAACAUGAUAGUGCUGAAGAGGAUGAGGAUGAUGAUGAAGAUGAAGAUGAGGAUUACGAUGGCGUUAACGACGAUAGCGAGGAAGAUGGAGACGAUAGCGUGUAUGACAUAAAGGAACAUAAAUCGAACAACAAGAAAAGCCAAAGCUCAGAUCAGAAGAAACCCCGUACCAGAAACCGUGGAGGUGCUCCUCGGCCGAAAGGAAGGCCUAGAAUCCAUCCGGUGAACCCGAACAAGAAGGCACCGAUGAAGUUCAUCAAUUGUCCAAAAUGUCCUUCGAAAUUCUUCUACGAACAUCGCCUGGAAGCCCACCUGCGGGUUCACGAAGGCCUGAAGCCAUUCCUGUGCAAGCUCUGCGGCAAGAGCUUCAUCACGUACCGGAACAUCAAAACCCAUCACAUCCAGAAGCACACGGACAAAAAGAUCGCCAUUCCGUGCGAGUUUCCCGGAUGUGACGCGGUGUUUGCCACCAGAGAGGGAGUCAAAAGGCAUCGGCAACGGAAUCAUGAUCCGAACUACCAAGUCCCCGAACAGAUACCGUUCAUCUGCGACACGUGCGGUAACUCCUACACGACAAACGCUGCCCUCAAGCGACACAAGUAUUCUCACAAUCCGGAGGAGAUGCCAUUCAGAUGUACUUUCUGCCCGAAGAAGUUUCCCACCAAAACCAAACUGCUCAUCCACACGAAGCGGCACCAGGGAAUUUUGGACUUUGAGUGCCCCCACUGUGGUCUGAAAAAGCCCUCGAAGCACGAAGUCAAUCAACACAUCAAGAAUGUCCACGAAAAGCACGAGAGGACGGAACAGAUUUCCUGUACCAUCUGUCAGACGCUGUUCAGCAGCAAGGCGGGUCUCAAGCGGCAUGUCGACGUGGUGCACAUGAAGAUCAAGAAGUUCUCCUGUUUGGUUUGCGGGUUCAUGUUCAGUCAGAAGGAUCAUCUGAAUCGGCACAUGAAAAGCCACAAACGGCAGGGCGAUAUCGCCAGUUUGCCCGUAGCUGCUCAUCUGAACAUAAAUACUGAUGAAUAAAUUUAAAAGAAAGAAUUUCUGAAA